AUGGGAGCUUCUAGAGACUUGUCACGCAAGGCCUUUGAAUUUCGAAUAAUUGUGUUGUUCGCUGCUGCUUUGAUUAUCGGUCCGCUUUUCGUAUCAGCCCUCAGCCUCAUGCACCCAAUGAGACAAGCGGAACGUGGACGGGACAGCACCUUAUUGACUGGGGGCUGCCCCGCUUGGGCGAGCGUCAGCUGUCCAGUGAAGCAUGAUGUGUACGUGUCCGUUAAACGGAGUAAGCUGACGCAUACGACUAUUGGUUGUGGUGGUUUCAUACCUGAAACAGAAGAUUUGCAAAGCAAAGCCCUUUCCCAAACUUUUGAAAAAGAUGAGGAGCUGACAGAUGAGGAAUCUCGAGAACAUGGACAACACAAAGUGCGACGUAAAAAGCGUCGUCAAUUGGUCUCAGAUCCAACCGAUGAGCCGCCACCGGAAGAAAUGGAGGAACAAAUCCCACGAGCUCCGGAUCAGGAGACACCCGUAUGUGAUCAUUGUGGUCGCCGAUUUGAAGCAUCAUUCCUACGCAAGCACUUUGAUGUGGAUGUGUGUGACAGCUGUCGUGAUCCUAAAGGUAUUCACACGCUUGUCACAAAAUCAACCGCGAAGGAUCGGUAUCUCCUAAACGAUGUAGAUCUGGACGUCGCCGAACGGGCACUUUCCCUUUGGGGGAGUGAAGAAGCACUGGAAGCGGAACGCAAACGUCGAACCGAACGCAUUGAGACAUCCAAAUUAAAACAGUACAACAAAAAGCUCAAAGAGCUCAAAGUGCAAACGCGGAGCAGUUUGUACAUGAAAACCACCAAGAUGCAUGAGCACACAUUCGGCCCGGAAACGUAUGACGCGGAACAAGAUGUGUAUACGAAAAGGUGCACACAAUGUGAAUAUACCACCACAUUUGAGAAACUCUAA